UAUCGCAAACCACAGAAAUACCGUAAUGAUGAACAUCCAACAAACAACAACAAUAAUAUCAACAACAACAACAUUAAAACCAAUUCAGCAACAGCAGCAGCAGCAACAACAACAACCACAACAGCAGCAAAUCAAUACGAAAACAACAAAAAUAAUGACGACAACUAUUUAGCGAGCAAUCGAUGUAGCGGCCAAGUUGGCAAUUCCCUAGAUCUAGUACCGGUUGAGCUGCAGCAUUACAACAACAACUAUUACUAUUAUUACAAUUACAAUUUGAGCUAUGCCCCACCGCCGUCGGCGGCCGCCCACACAUGCCUGCUCGGCGGCCCCAAGUCGCGGCUGCAGCAGCUAAAGCGCCGCACGCGUCACGAACUGCAGCAGUGGCCGCUGCUCAUGCAGCUGGUGGUGCUGCUCGUCUGGCUGCACGGCAAGUUCUGGCAAAUCGUGCACGAGCAGAUACUGAUGCAACGUCGGCGCUGGCAUUGAACGAGAACGAGAACGAGAAUGAGAUCGAGAGGGGCCGCAGCUGUGUGGAGGUGGGGGCAGCUUGUUUUUGGUAUGCCGUCAGAAUCUAAGCUUAAGUUCAUAAUUAUUCCACUCUUUCAAACUCAAUCUUAAAUAAAUAUAUACAUAUAUAAUCCCAAUACGCUGCAUACUCAAAGACAAAUGCAGUUCUUGAGCGAACAACCAAAGCCAA